AAUGGAGUUUUGUAACUGCAAAAGCCAUGAUUGGGCAGAACGUUAGGCGAGCAAGUCCAAGCGAAUUAAACUUUGUUAUAUCAUUUAAACGAAUUAAUUAUACAAAUAAUUAUCAACGAGAGAACGACCACGAGAGCACAGGUUCACUUAUCUCAAGAAAGGAUGUUUUAACAUCAGAGCAUGGCUUUGCCUUCGUUCAAACAACAGGUUUUGAAAUUCUUGUCGGCUCAGUUGACUUAAGGGCUGGUAGAACAUACUCUGCAAUUUGGUGGAUAACUCAUACACAAUGGUCAACUAUAAAUCGCGUGCCUAUUAAAAAUCCAGUUAACGAUAUUGCAAUUAUAAGGUUGUCGGAAGAAGUAUCUCGUGAAAUCGAUCCAGUGCCCAUUAUGCCUGUAUCGCCUAGUUAUUUGUAUGGAUUGAAUGUUCGACUUGCAGGGUGGGGUGCUACAAUCGAAGGACACAUGUCAAGGUAUUUGGAAACUGCUAUAUUGACGGUCUUAAGUAAAGAUGAAUGUGAAAAUAAAAUUGAGAAGCUCGUUGGACAGAGAGGCUAUUUGCCCGAAAAUGUUAUUUGCUCUGUUGCAAAUCCAUUUAUCGUAACAACUGCUGGUAAUAGUGGAUGUCCAGUGUUAUUUAAUGAUAAACUAGUGGCAAUUCAUCAUGCAAUAGGUCCAGAGUUACAAAAUUCUUAUUCAGAUCACAUAAAUAUUCACUUAUCUAUUGAAAAUUUUAUAGAUUACAUUCAUAGUGUUUUAAACGUGCCAUAAAUAUUUCAUCAAAA